AUGGCGACGCCAAUCUCGGCUAACCUUCUGCUUUCGCUGAAGCCGGCAAAGUUGUUCAAUAAUCACGUAUCGAAUACACCCAUAACAUCCAUUGAUUUCGAUCACACAGGCCAGUUCCUCCUAACUGCCGGUGUAGACGAAAGCAUACAUCUCUACGAUGUCGCCAAAGGAAAACAUGUCAAGCCCAUCUACUCCAAGAAAUACGGCUGCCAUUUGGCAAAGCUGGCCCGCAAGGAAAACACUUGUGUGUUCGCAUCCACCAAGGAAAAUGAUACAAUUCGGUAUCUCUCGCUGCAUGAUAAUUCUUUCAUCAGAUAUUUUAAAGGCCAUACGGCCCUGGUGACAGAUCUGGCAAUGGCCGAUCUUAAUCAUAUGUUUGUUAGUGCCGCCUACGACCACACUGUCCGUCUUUGGGACACAAGGAGCGCCAAUUGCCAAGCAACUCUAGUAACUGACGACAGACCGUCCUCCAUAGCCCUUGAUCCAUCCAACACAGUCGUUGCCAUUCAUAACGAAUAUUCAAAUGUUCUAUCCCUGCAUGCAGUGGCGCAUAUUACGGACCGGCCAUUUACCACCGUGGUGUGCGACUUUGCCAAACCAUCGUCCGUCACAAAAAUUGACUUCUUGAACAAUAAUAAAUAUAUCUUGAUCACCACAAAUUCCACAGAGCACUUCCUUCUAGACGCUUUCAAUUUGAGCUUGGUAGCAAGACUACCAGGCCAGCUGCCCCUCAUCGAGAGAGAAUAUCCCGACACGGGCAACUUGACAGUCUCUCCCGACUGUCGGUUCAUCUUUGGUGGCAACGGCGAUGGUUCUGUACUCGUAUGGGACUUGAAGCUUUUGUCGACUCAAAGCUUGCCAGCGGUAUUGUAUCCAGUCAAGAAAAUAGAAAAUGAGACGAAAACUCUUCCGCGAAUGCUUCUGUUCGACCCCCAGUACUGUGUGAUGGCAUCGGCCGACUCGGAGCUGUGUCUGUGGACGCCAAGCUCAUAA